CGCAGACUGAAUAACGUUAUUCGGGUGUGACAGAAAUCUGCGCUGUUCGAUCGAGCGCGUCUCAUUGAGAUCCACACGCGCGGCAUGACUCUCAUCGCAGCGUUUAUUUACUCAGACGACAUCACUGUGGUCAGGUGUAAUGUGUUUUAUUGCUCUGAGAUGUGCGCACGGGAUUAAAUCGGAUGGAGCAGCGGUACGCCGUUAAGCCAGUAACCGAGAGGAGAGCGAUAUUUGCGUUACAUCUGAGAAGAAUGGACACGCAAAAUAUGAUGCAGUGCAAGUGUCGUCAUCUGAACAUCUGUUAUUUCUGUUAAACGCAAUAGCACAGCAAGAUUUAUCACGGAUAGUCCUUGUUGUAGCCUCAUGGAAACAACCCUUUGGACUGUAUAAGGUAGAUUAUUGUUUAUAUAAAUAUAUAUUUCAAUAGAUAAAUGUCUUCAGUCUCAUAAGGUUUGAGUAUUCGCAAACCAUCCAAGUAUUAUUAAUUUAUUCGGGUCAUCAUUAAGUAUUCAUACUGACAUUUCCGUUGGGAAUAUUAUCUCUGAUGCACCGGAAUGCGUCUUCUUCAUAUGAGCUGUGUCUUCAUAUGAGUUUAGUCAUUAUUUUUGCUGUCCCAAGAGUGAUUAUUCACCUUAAUGAGAUUGCUUGGCUGAAUGAUGCGGAUGCAUAGAGGCUGAAUGAGAAGAGAGCUGGAAGAGAACAUCAUUGGACGAAUCACUGUGACAUCUGGCGCUAAAACUGCUUAGUCUGUCGCAACAUCUGUGAGCUGUUCUGUCUGUACUUGAGUUUUUAGGUGGCACCCCAGGCAACAUCCAAAGAGGACCAAGUUCGGAUUGAAACCACAGAGGACCAAAGUAUAAACUAAAUGCAGAGUGGACUGAGUCUGGACUGAAUUCAUAAAAGUUUCAACCCCGACACGAUCUGAUUCCAGACAGGACCUGGAUCCAGUCUCAAUCUAGAUAGGAUCUGAAUCCAGACUGAAUCCUUAAAGGACCUGAGUGCAGUGUGAACUCACAGUGUAUCUAAAUCCAAAUUGAAUCCAGAUUUAACCUAGAUCUAGACUUCAUCCAGAUCUAACCAGAAUCCAGUAUCAAUCCAAAUAGGAUCUGAAUCCAGAAAGGACCUAAAUCUGGACUGAAUCCAGACUAGACAUUGAAUCUAGAUUCAAUCCAGAUCGCACCAGAAUUCAGACUCAAUUCAGAUAGGAGCUUAAUCCAGUUAGGACUGAGUGCAGUUUGAAUCCACCGUGGAUCUGAGUCCAAACUGAAUCCAGGUAGAACCUAAAUCUAGAUUAAUUCCAGAUUGGACCAGAAUUCAGACUCAAUUCCGAUAGGAGCUCAAUCCAGAUCGCACCAGAAUUCAGACUCAAUUCAGAUAGGAGCUCAAUCCAGAUAGAACUGAGUGCAGUUUGAAUCCACUGUGGAUCUGAGUCCAAACUGAAUCCACAUAGAACCUUAAGCUAGAUUCAAUCCAGAUCGGACCAGAAUUCAGACUCAAUUCAGAUAGGAGCUCAAUCCAGAUAGAACUGAGUGCAGUUCAAAUCCACUGUGGAUCUGAGUCCAAACUGAAUCGGGGUGGAACCUUAAUCUAGAUUCAGUCCAGAUAGGAUUUAGGCCUAAGAACUGAAUCCAGACUAAAUAGAGGUUGAACCUAAUCAUCCAUAGGGAACCUGAGUCCUAUUUGAAUCCAUAAAGUACUGAAUCCAUCUAUGAUCCCUGGGACACCUGCAGCGAUGCUCCCAGCCACGGAAGCAGCCAAGAUCUACCAGACCAACUAUGUCAGGAACUCUCGUGCCAUCGGGGUCCUGUGGGCCAUCUUCACCAUCCUCUUCGCCAUCGUCAACGUGGUAUGUUUUGUUCAGCCCUACUGGAUCGGGGAUGGCAUGGACACGCCACAGGCUGGCUACUUUGGCCUCUUUCACUACUGCAUAGGGAGCGGGAGCGGAGUGUCCCGGGACCUGACGUGCCAGGGGAGCUUCACAGAGUUUAGCUCCAUCCCAUCUAGCGCCUUCAAAGCUGCAUCCUUCUUCAUUGGGAUGUCCAUGGUGCUGGUCCUCUCCUGCAUCGGCUGCUUCGCCUUCUUCUUCUUCUGCAGUACAGCCACUGUGUAUAAGAUCUGCGGAUGGAUGCAGCUGGCAGCAGGUAUGUGUCUGGUGUUGGGCUGUAUGAUAUAUCCUGAUGGCUGGGAUGCUGAUGAGGUGAAGAGGAUGUGCGGAGAAGGGACGGACAAAUACACCAUCGGAGCAUGCUCAGUGCGCUGGGCGUACAUCCUGGCCAUUAUGGGCAUCUUGGAUGCCCUUAUUCUCUCUUUCCUGGCUUUUGUGCUGGGCAACAGGCAGGAUGGACUCAUGUCCGAGGAGCUGCUGGGAGACAAAAGUGGAAAUGCAUAGACGCCAGAUACACUCAGGUGUUUCUGUCUUGUUCAAGGAAAAUCAUUAUAUGAAAUCACAAUCCAGCUUUACCCAUCAUCCUGAGGGCAGGAAGCCUGACUGCAGCAGUUUGAAAAAACGUUAAAGCGAAGGAUGCAAACGGGGUGAAUGGAGUUGGGAACUCGCUGCUUUUCUGUCCAUAUCCCUUCUUUGCACUUCACUCCCUGGAAUUGCUUCUCAACAAAUCCCUACCCUAGUUUGAUUUACCGUGUUCUGUGCUACUAACAUGAUAGGGCAGUUAAUGCACCGUUUAGAAGUAACUUUGACUUGGAUUAAUAAUAAUAAUAAAAAUAAAAAAAAAGUCUUAUUUUACAUCGUGUCCUUUUUUAAAGGCCUGCAUUACAAUGUUAAUAUUUUGGGAUUUAUGAAUUACAGUAAAAACGGUACUGUUUUAUUUGACUGGAUUCUCCAAUAUAGAAGAAAACAUGUACAGGCUUAAAUCGUGGGAUGCACACUCCGGCAUAGAGCUGCACCACAAAGACAUUCCCGGCCUGUUACUUAUCCAUCAACACCACCCCUGGACGAACAAAAAAAAAAAACCACUGAAUCCUGACCACUUA